AUGGCGCCUCAAAAAUCCGUCGCGGAGGUACCGCGCUCAAUCCUUCCCCGCCUAACGUGGAACGGCUCUUCGACCCGAACGAGUCUCACGGCUUCACACUCCCCUCCUCUUCCAGUCGGCCGGAAACAAAAGCAGCGCACACAAGGAUGGACAGCCUUGACAUGGCAAACACAGGCCCCGUUAUCAGCUCACCAUCCCGCGGCGUUUUACACAACGUCCCGGGAAAGCGCCACAUCGACUUCGAUCGUCAGACGUUUUCCGCGCUCCGCGUUAAUCACCACCAAAACACAACUCACACAGCCGGCGGGCAACCCGGUUCGGCAUAAUGGCGUCUACGUCGCAACUUUCAAUCCCGCUCGACGGGCGUUCCAUGCCACAGCUUCACGAGAGCGCGACCAUCAUUUUGAUACGCUAAAGUUCGUCCAGCGUCUUAAGGCUGAGGGGUUCAGCGAGGAGCAGGCUGUCGCAAUGAUGAGAGUCCUUAAUGAUGUUAUACAAGAGUCUAUCCAGAACUUGACACGGACAAUGGUUUUGAGGGAGGACACCGAACGAUCGGCUUAUACACAGAAAGUGGAUUUCGCCAAACUCCGCUCCGAACUCUUAAACGCAGACUCUACAGAGGCACAGCUUACACGUUCCUCACACGAGAAGAUUGCCGCUGACCUCGCGAAACUGAACUCGAGGCUACGGGAUGAGAUUGGGCGUACCCAGGCGUCAGUUCGACUCGACCUCAAUCUUGAAAAGGGUCGGAUUCGAGAGGAAGCCAACAGUCAGGAAAUGCGCAUAAAAGAGACCGAGACAAGGAUCGAGCAAGAAGUUGCCGGUUUGAGAGAACGCGUAGAGGCAGUGAAGUUCUCUACGCUACAGUGGCUUAUGGGUGUCUGCACCGGUACUGCUGCUCUGAUUCUUGGUGCCUGGCGUCUUCUCAUGUAA